AAAAAUUAAAAUAAGUGCUUGUAGCUUCAGUAGCUUCGCUGCACAAAUUGAGCUGCUGCAAAACUAUCAUAUGAUAAAACCCUCUAAAACCUCUCCUCCGCCGCUCUUUUUCAGCCGACCACUAGCCGCCAGAGGCGAAAACCUUCUGAAUUUCGGCAAAAUAUUGCUGCGAGCGGUUUGAAAAUGGCGCCGCCGUCGAAGAAAUCUGAAUCUACACCCAGCCUUAGGAAGCAUCAGAGGCCGUCUAAGAAACGUGCGAAGCCUGAGGGAAGCAACUCCAACGGAGCUCUUUCAACCGUGCAGUUGCCUCAGGCCGACGACGAGGCCCCUGACUUCCCCCGAGGUGGGGGAAGUUCUUUGAGUAGAGACGAAAGAAAUGAGGCAAGGAAUUUAGCGGACGACGACUUUGAGACAAACCAUAUAGUGCUGAAGAAAAGGAAGAAGGAAAAGCGAGUUCAAAAUAAGAGCCAGUCCACAGAGGAUGAAUUAGGUACGCUCUUUGGAGAUGGGAUCACUGGGAAGUUUCCGAGGUUUGCUAAUAAGAUCACUCUGAAGAAUGUUUCUUCGGGCAUGAAGCUAUGGGGUGUGAUUGCUGAGGUAAACGAAAAAGACAUUGCUGUUAGUCUUCCUGGGGGAUUAAGGGGAUUAGUUCGUGCAUCCGAUGCUUUUGAUCCCAUUCUGGAUGAUGAAGUGAAAGUGGAUGUGGAGAAUGGAUUCCUGUCGAGAAUCUAUCACGAAGGGCAGCUUGUGUCUUGCACCGUACUGCAAGUAGAUGACGAUAAGAAAGAAAUAACAAAACGGAAGAUUUGGCUUUCUUUGCGUCUAUCUUUCCUGCACAAAAAUUUAUCUUUGGAUACAAUUCAAGAGGGAAUGGUUCUUAGCGCAUACGUGAAAAGCAUUGAGGAUCACGGUUUCAUUCUUCAUUUUGGAUUGCCCUCUUUUGCAGGAUUUAUGCCGAAAGAAACCCAAUAUGAGGGUGGAAACAGUAAAGUGGGCAUUAAUCAGAUUUUGCAAGGGAUUGUUAAAAGAGUUGACAGGGCUCGGAAGGUUGUUCAUUUGAGUUCUGAUUCUGACAUGUUAUCAAAAUCUGUGACCAAAGAGCUUAAGGGUAUUUCAAUUGAUAAUCUCGCUCCUGGAAUGCUGGUUACUGCUCGAGUGCAGUCAACCCUUGAGAAUGGCAUCCUUUUUUCCUUCCUUACUUACUUUACUGGAACUGUCGAUGUAUUUAAUUUGGAUAAAACCUUUCCCUCUUCAAACUGGAGGAAUGAUUAUACAAAAAAUAUGAAGUUCAAUGCUCGAAUCUUGUUCAUUGAUCCUUCUACUAGGGCUGUUGGGUUAACGUUAAACCCUCACCUAGUCAGUAAUAAGGCUCCAUCUCCUAAUAGAAAAUUUGAACAAAAUGUAAGUGAUCUCCUUCCUGAUAUGAAUUUCAUCGUUGUGCAGCUUGUUAAAAUUGGUUAUAUCUCUAGUCAAUCUAAAGUAGUCAGGGUUGAUAAGGGGUCAGGCCUUCUUCUGGAAAUUCCUACUCUGCCAACUCCAACCCCAGCCUAUGUUAAUGUAGCUGAUGUUGCUGACAAAGAAAUUGGAAAAUUGGAUAAGAAUUUCAAGGAAGGGAGUCUUGUUCGUGUUAGGGUACUUGGAUACAGGCACUUGGAAGGGCUUGCUACUGGUACCUUGAAGACUAGUGCCGUGGAAGGCUUAGUUUUCACUCAUGCUGAUGUGAAGCCGGGAAUGGAGGUAAAAGCUAAAGUCAUUGCAGUGGACAGUUUUGGUGCUAUUGUACAAUUUGCUGGAGUGAAAGCCCUGUGUCCUCUCCGACACAUGUCAGAGCUUGAUAUUGCAAAGCCUAGGAAAAAAUUUCAGGUUGGAGCUGAGUUGAAUUUUCGAGUUCUUGGUUGCAAAUCCAAGAGAAUCACUGUUACACACAAGAAAACGCUUGUUAAGUCGAAGCUACCAAUUGUUAGUUCCUAUGCUGAUGCAGUUGAUGGGCUAGUCACUCAUGGGUGGAUAACAAAGAUUGAAAAACAUGGUUGCUUUGUCCGGUUCUACAAUGGGGUUCAAGGAUUUGCCCCCAGAUCUGAACUUCGUUUGGAACCUGGAGGGGACAUAAGUUCCUCAUAUCAUGUUGAACAAGUUGUCAAGUGUAGAGUUGUGAAAUGUAUUCCUGCGUCACGCAGAAUAAACCUCAGUUUCAUCAUAACGCCUACAAGGGCUUCAAAGGAUGAGAAUGUGAAGCCAGGCAGCCUGGUCUCUGGCGUGGUUGAACAUAUAACGCCUCAAGAUGUGAUUGUGGAUAUUGAUGGAUCAAGUCACAUUAAAGGCACCAUCUCACUUGAACAUUUGGCUGACCACCAUGGCCUUGCUUCUCCAUUGAUGUCCGCCAUAAAGCCAGGAUAUCAUUUUGAUGAAUUGUUGGUACUUGAUAUUGAAGGAAACAAUGUCAUACUUACUGCCAAGUAUUCACUAAUUCAUUCAGCCAAGGAGCUCCCUGUUGAUAUUAACCAAGUUACUAUUCACUCCGUGGUGCAUGCUACUGAUGGAAAAAGAUUGGAACUCUCUGAGAUCUUCUAUGUUGGACAGUCUGUUCGCAGCAAUGUCAUUGAUGUUAGUACUGAAACAGGUAGAAUAACACUAUCGUUGAAGCAAUCAUUGUGCUGCUCCACUGAUGCAUCUUUUAUUCAAGAAUAUUUUCUUUUGGAAGAAAAGAUUGCAAAGCUGCAAGCAUUGGAGUCAGAAGACCCUGGAUUGAGAUGGAUCAAUGAAUUUGGUGUAGGCAGUAUCAUUGAAGGGAAAAUACAUCAAAUUAAGGAUUAUGGUGUUGUUAUAAGCUUUAAGGAACACAAGGAUGUAUAUGGCUUUAUCUCACAUCAUCAGUUGGCGGGGACCACGGUGGAGAGAAAUUCUGUUGUCAAAGCUGCAGUCCUUGACAUUUCAAAAAUAGAUCGCCUCGUGGAUCUAUCUCUGAAGCCAGAAUUCAUAAGUAGAGCAAAAGAAGAGAACUCUAAUUCUGAAACACUUAAGAAGAAGCGCAAAAGAGAAACCGAUAAAGAGUUGGAAGUAAAUCAAACAGUAAAUGCCACUGUUGAGAUUGUGAAAGAAAAUUAUUUGGUUCUUUCGCUUCCAUCUUAUGGUCAUUCCAUUGGCUACGCAUCACUUAGUGAUUACAACACUCAGAAAUUACUUUCUAAACAGUUUAUCCAUGGACAGAGUGUCUCUGCCUCGGUAAUGGCUCUACCAGCUACUGCAACAGGUGGGAGAUUGCUUCUGCUUCUCAAAUCUUUGAGUGAUGGUGUCGGCACAUCUAGUUAUAAGCGGGCGAAAAAGAGGUCCGGUUAUGAUGUCGGAUCUCUAGUUCAGGCUGAGAUUACUGAAAUAAAGCCUCUUGAACUCAGAGUGAAAUUUGGAUCUGGAUUUCUUGGGAGGAUACAUAUAACUGAGGUAACUGAUGAUAGUUCUACUGGAAAUCCAUUUAGUGUAUACAGAAUUGGGCAAACACUGUCAGCCAGGAUUGUGUCUAUGGGCAGCAAGACAGAAAACAUUAAAAAAGGUUAUGGAUAUGAAUUAUCUAUCAAACCGUCCUUGCUUAAUGGAUUGAGGGACAUAGAUGAACAGAAUUCCGAAGAGUUCAACUAUUCCUAUGGUCAACAUGUUUCCGGUUACGUAUAUAAGACGGACUGUGACUGGGCUUGGCUGACUCUAUCUCGCGAUGUAAGGGCGCAGUUGUAUAUUCUUGAUUCUUCAUGUGAGCCUUCUGAACUGGCGGAGUUUCAGACUCGGUUCCAUGUUGGAAAGGCUCUUUCAGGUUAUGUAAUCAGUGUGAAUAAUGAGAAGAAGUUGCUGCGCAUAGCUUUGUAUAAGCCAUUUGAUAGUUCAGGGGAAAUCAAAGAUAUUGAUUCUGAUCAGCAGUUAGUGCGCCAUAUAGCAGAAGGUAGCAUUGUGGGUGGUAGGAUUUCUAAGAUUCUUCCCGGUGUUGGGGGGUUGCUAGUCCAAAUUGAUCAUCACCAUUUUGGUAAGGUUCAUUUUACUGAAUUGACAAACUGGCUCCCCGAGCCUCUUGCGGGUUACCGCCUUGGACAGUUUGUCAAAUGUAAAGUUCUGGAAAUUAAUCGAGCUAUUAAGGGCAUAGUCCAUGUUGACUUAUCACUACGAUCAACCGGCCAAGGAUCUACCAUGCACACUUCCACCCAGCUUGUGGACAAGAUAACCGAUCUUUACCCAAAUAUGGCUAUUAAGGGCUAUAUUAAAAACAUCUCCUCAAAAGGAUGUUUUAUUAUGCUUUCAAGAAAGAUUGAUGCGAAAAUUCUUCUUUCAAAUUUGUCGGACACAUUUGUUGAGAAUCCAGAAAAGGAAUUCCCUGUUGGAAAGCUUGUCGCUGGAAGGGUGCUUUUGGUGGAGCCAUUGUCUAAGCGGAUAGAAGUUACCCUGCAGACUUCUAAUGCAAUAGGUGCAUCAAAGUCGAGUACUUAUUCCUUCAGCCAUAUUAAUAUUGGAGAUGUGAUUCAUGGAAGAAUCAAGCGCGUUGAGUCUUAUGGAUUGUUUAUAUCUAUGGAUCAGACGAAUGUGGUUGGGUUAUGUCAUGUUUCAGAGCUUUCUGAUGAUCACGUGGAUGAUCUAGAGACGAAGUUUAAAGCAGGGGAGAGAGUGACAGCAAAAGUUUUGAAGGUGGAUAAGGAGAGAAAUAGAGUUUCCCUUGGGAUGAAAAAAACAUAUUUCACACAGGAGGAAGCAUUUGAGACAUCUCCAACACAAAACGGUUCUGAGCCAUCAGUGAUACCACCGAGUAACUCUGCUUGUGUUGACAACACACAUAAUGAAUUUGACCAUCUUCCUCCUAUAUUAGCCGACGUUGAAUCUAGGGCCUUUGUGCCGCCACUUGAUGUUCCUCUUGAUGACAUUGAUGGAAUAGACAUUGAUGGUAAUGUUGGUCAAAGUGUGAUGGAAAAUGCUACUACAGAUGUGGAUACCACAGAAGAUAAAAGCAAAAAGAAAGCAAAAAAGAAGGCUAGGGAAGAAAGGGAAAGAGAAAUAAGAGCCGCUGAGGAGAGACUGCUAGAAAAGGACAUCCCAAGGAGUGCAGAUGAAUUUGAGAAACUUAUUAGGAGUUCCCCAAACAGCAGUUUUAUAUGGAUAAAAUACAUGGCAUUUAUGCUCUCAUUAGCAGAUAUUGAAAAGGCACGAUCGAUUGCCGAAAGGGCUUUGAGAACAAUUAAUAUCAGGGAAGAGUCUGAGAAGCUGAAUAUCUGGGUUGCUUAUUUCAACUUGGAAAAUGAGUACGGCAGUCCGCCGGAGGAAGCUGUUACGAAAAUCUUUCAAAGAGCUUUGCAGUAUUCUGAUCCUAAAAAGGUCCACCUUGCCCUUUUGGGAAUGUACGAAAGAACCGAACAACAGAAAUUAGCUGAUGAGCUUCUUGACAAAAUGUGUAGAAAGUUCAAGCAUUCAUGCAAGGUCUGGCUGAGAAAAAUCCAAACUCUUUUGAAAGAAAACAGUGAUGGAGUUCAAUCCAUUGUGAAGCGUGCUCUUCUGACUCUUCCCCGGCACAAGCAUAUAAAGUUUAUUUCACAGACUGCCAUCCUUGAGUUCAAGUGUGGAGUUGCAGAUCGCGGGAGAUCGAUGUUUGAGGGGAUGCUUCGGGAGUAUCCUAAGAGGACUGAUUUAUGGAGCGUCUAUUUGGACCAAGAGAUCCGGUUUGGGGAUGUGGACCUGAUUCGUGCAUUAUUCGAGAGAGCAAUAAGUUUGAGCCUUCCACCAAGGAAGAUGAAGUUUUUAUUCAAGAAGUAUCUCGAGUAUGAAAAGUCCAUUGGCGAUGAAGAACGCAUCAAGUCCGUUAUGAACAAGGCAAUGACUUAUGCUGAUAAUACGCUUGCUUGAUGUUUAUGUAAUCAUGCACCUUUGGUUCCAAACACUGGGUGGGUACCCAACCCAACUGGAGGAUAUGUAAUUCAAAUUUUGACACAAUUUUGUUGAUUCAAAAUGUGCGCCUAGUAUAGAUGUGUCAGAGAAAAAUGUUUGAAAGGUGUUGUAUCUGUUUGCUUUGUUUGUUCUUUCUUUAUUUAUAUUUAUGGGAAGACAAUUAUAGACGGAGCUGAAAUGUACUCGACUUGAGUUUCUUCUUGUAGUAUAUUUCUGUAUUUAACUCAAGGGUGUGAACUGCCGAACCAAAUGUAUUGACAAUUUGACGGACUAUUUUUCCAAGUGUUGAACACGGGUGAAAUUAAGAGUGACUAAGGUAGUGCUUGGAUAUAAAUUUUGAUCAAACAAAUUGAUAAUGGGACGAUAUUAGUG